GUUUUAUUAAUAGUAAUAAAUCAACAUCAAUUUGUGUGACAUGUACCAAGGUGGGUAUCGUCGUAUUUGCUGCCUAAGGUUAUUGCGAAAUCAAGGCCUCACUUACACUCGGUUCCACACGCGUAUUUUCUAUUCUAUAGUAAUACGGGAUGGCCCAUUACUUUCCUCCUCAUCUUCAAGGACAAUUUUUUCCAAUUGCGGAAAUAACGCUACUUGCAGGAUUCACUUUCGUAAUUCCUCGUAAGCUUAUGUGUACCUAGGUACAUUGCAUAUAGGUAUCGGCUAGGGAGCGAUGGCAUUUUAAGCCAUUUUUCACCCUUCUCUAUUCUUGUAGAAUUCCUACUUCAAGUCCCAAUACUAAUAAUCCACCAUACAGAAGAACCAUGAGGUGGUCUAUCCUUCCACUUACCGCUCUGUUCAUUGGGUGUUGUCGUGCCGAAGACGUCGAAUACGACGCAAUUAUUAUCGGCGGAGGGGUAGCUGGGUUGGUGCUAGCUGACAGACUAUCAGAGAACCCUGACUUUUCUGUUUUACUCCUUGAAGCUGGAUUAGACCCCGGUGACGAUUCGCUGGUUAGUACGCCAGCUUUUGCUGGGCAAUUAUGGCCAAGUAAAUAUUCGUGGAAUUUCACCGAGGUUCCGCAACCAUCACUCGGCGGCAUUAAACCACAGUUACACCUCGGUCAUGUUUUCGGUGGUGGAUCCGCCAUCAAUUUCAUGGCUUACUGCCGGGGAGCUCGAUCUGUCUUUGAUGAAUGGGCUGAGAUAUCGGGUAUCGAGCAACUUGGCUGGGAUACUAUCGUCGACUAUUUCCGAGAAAGCACCAAUCUAUUCGCGCCUAAUCCAUUACCAUAUGAUCAACCUAUCAACAAGUCUGUGUACAGCAACGAAGGCCGCGUAUUUGUCAGUUAUGAUAGACCAGAUAGACUGUCAACGCUGGAACCGUAUUUCUGGGACGCUUUCCUGAACAAUUCCCAAUCACCUAGCAAGCCGGCAGAUUUAACCGAUGGAACAGGUAUUGGGCUCGUAAAAGGUGGUCCUCAUUCUGUUAGGAACUCAAAUGGAACCCGAUCCUACGCUUGGCCUUCAUACGGCUUCAGAGCUGUUGGAAGGUCCAAUGCUAAAAUCCUUUCAAAUUCUCGAGUCAUCAAAAUCAACUUUGAUACGACGGAUCCAGAGAUCCCUAAGGCCGUCGGCGUUGAUUACGUUUCCGGUUCUGACACUUCUGCCAUUACAACCAGAGGUAAGGAGAUAAUCGUGAGCGGCGGAGCCAUUAACACACCAAGGCUAUUGCUUCUUUCUGGCGUUGGUCCUAAAGAACACCUUAACGAUAUCAACAUCCAGGUAGUGAAGGACGUCCCCGAGAUUGGAUCGAAUGUACGCGAUCACCAUAUGGCCGUGAACGUAUUCAAGGUCCCCACCGACAUUAUUACGGGAGCUUCACUAGCAAAUCAGACAAUACUUGCUGAGGCUCAAUCUCAAUAUACCAGCACUGGUGGUGGACCAUUAUCCGAGCCUGGGCCGCAGUCAUCCACGUUUCUCACCGAGCGCGUCCCUGAUGACAUCUUGAAAAGCUUCGGGGUGAAUAUAUCCUAUCACCAAAACCUACCUGCAGACCGGCCUUUUCUAUCAUAUCAAUAUGCGGCGUUGUCGUUUCUCCCGCAAUUCGCAGACCUCAAUGUCGCGACGGCAUUUGUUGCGCUGGUCCAACCCGAAGGAUCUGGCACCGUACGGCUGAAUUCGUCAAAUUGGCAAGAUGAUCCCAUCAUUAAUACCAGCUACUUCGGUUCCAAUGCUGAUUUAGCUAUUGCCCAAUACGGAUAUGAACGUCUGCUCAAUAUCACUCGCUCUGCAGCUUUCGCUCGUAUCAAUAUUGGCGAAGUCUUCCCUGGUCCUAACCUAACAACCAUCGAGGCAUUCCAGCAGGGUGCCCAAACGUAUCACCAUAGCAUCGGGUCGGUUUCUCUCGGGAAGGUUCUAGAUUCGGAGUUUCGUGUGAAGGGGAUUGACGGGCUUCGGGUGGUUGAUAGUAGUGCGAUACCUGUGAUCACAACCUGCCACACACAGAGCUCCGUGUACGCAUUAGCGGAGGUGGCGGCUAAGAUUCUGACAUCAUGAAUUGAAAAUAUCUUAGAUAGCUACAACUGGUACAACUAUGGAGCUAUAUAGGCUGCCGUUGACGAAAUAUGAGCGAUGCUAUGUCGGUGAAUCAAAGCCAAAUGUUGUUGUAGGAGG